GACUGUGCCCAGACUGGACCCCCCUCCCCAGUUCUGCUGGUCAUUUGGGGGUGCCUCCCUGUGCAUUUGCUUCCCCAUGCAGCUGCUCGAAGCUUUGGACCAAAGUUGGUGGCAUUGAUUGCAGCUGCUCUGCAGCAUGCUGGCUUCCAGCCGUGGUGGAGAGGGGGGAGGCAGAGAGCCCCCCGGCACCUGACAGCAACCCUGCUGGGGGGCACAGGACGAGACGGAGGCCACCCCUUGGCCUGUGGCUGCUCCUUGCCUGAGCCCUGCUCCUCCGUCCCCUGGGGCACACUCCUUGUCUCCCUGCAAAUAGCUUUGCUCUGGCCUGGGCCAGGGCAAAAGUUUGGAGAUGGGGUGUCCUUUGUCCAGCCUUGUCCCCGUCAGCCAGCACCCCUCCAGAGGGGACUGGGAUGGGUGGUGGUGUGCCUGUCUCCCUUGAAGGACAAGCCUUACCACCAGUCCUCUCUUGUCCCCAGGAGGACGUGUUGUCACUGCGAAGCAUGGGGAGGCACAGCCUGCCCUGUCCCCCCCCCCAUCCCCACAUUGUGGUGCUGUGGGUCCCUUUGGCCUGCCUGGAGAUUCGCCCCAGCUGUGGUGGUGGGAGAGGGACCCAGGUGCCCCAGAUUGGCAGCAAUUGCUCCCAUUGCCGAAAGGUGCCCAGAAGAGAGGGAAACGUGUUGUUUGAGGGGCAGAAAUCAGCUGAGGUUGAGCUGUACUGAGCCCUGGGCACCAUAUGGGGAGUCCUGUGGGUGAGCAGCUGUGUGUUGGGAUGGGGGUGAGGUGCUGCUGUGUGGGUCACCCCCCCUUGGCUUGGGAGGCAGCAGGUAGGAGAUUUUGCUCUCUGGGGAAGGUCCCAGGCAGUGUCUGGAGCUGGGAAAUGCUGAGUCCCCUCUGGGGGUUGUUUACCAGCCAUGCCUGGGCCGGCAGUGACAGCCCAGGGACCGCAAAGAGCCUGAAACCGUACACUAAUGGCUCGGGUCUGCUAAUGGACACGGGGCCCCGCCACCCGCUCUGGAGCCAUCAAUACAGCCUGCCAUGCUUCCCCUGCCCCGGCUUCUGCCCCGUGCCUGUGUUCUCUCUGGCCCAUCCCUGCCGGUCCCCUGCCUGCGGCUGUCUCUCUGCCCAGGCUGUGCUGGUAGUGUCCUGGGGAUGGGUUGUGCUGGGAGGUGUCGUGCCUCCACAGUGAUGGGCUGGGGAUGGAACAUCUCCAGAGGAGACCAGAAAAAUGCCCCAGCUCUGGGGAAGGGUUCAGUGGGAGCAUCUGGCAGCGAGACCCCAUCUGCCCCUGGGGGGACCGUGGAGGGAAGGAGGAAGAUGUGGGGGAACUGAAGGCUUGGUGAGUUCUCAAACAGCUGGACGAGGCCCCAAACAAGCUGUCCUCCAUUUGGAGCUGGCCCUCCUCUGAGCAAGGACAGGAGCACUGGUUGUCUGCACCCCCUUGCCCUGUCCCCUUUGCACUGUUGCACCUUGGACGCCACCGCAGCCUUGGUGGCAUGGUUAGAGCCGCUGUCUGGCAGCAGCAGUGGAGCAUCUCCUGUGGGCGUGCUAUGCUCCAGGAACUUCAGGGGCGAUGGAUGCUGGAGCCAGUGUUGUUUACCAGCUAGUUAAUCACUGAUGGGCCAUGUCACCCCACUGCUGCCCUGUGCCACCACGCCUGUCCCCAGCCCCGAACAUCUCCUCGCAGAGCUGUCCAUGCACUGCUGAGCUGCCCGGGGGGCUCCCAGCCCCCUUGCCAAGAGCCCGCUUCAGCCAAGCGCUUGGGAGGGGGCAGGCGAAGAGAAACACUAUCGAUUUUGGCUCUGAAGUGCAGCAUCAAUAAUUCAGCGCAGAGCAAUCGGUCCUGGCUGGGAGGAGGGGUGGGCGGGAGGUAAAAGUCGGGAGAGCUGCCCGCGUAGCCCGGCCUCAGAUGAAUAUUAGAUGAAGCUGCAGAUUGUUAUCGGCAGGAUAACUGGUGCCUGCCUGGGGCUGGCAGGGCUGUCCCUGCCUUGGCCGGGUCAGGGCCUGUGCAUGGGGCAGGCGGGAUUGGGGGUGUCUUGGACAUCCCCUGACAUGGGGCGCACUGGCCCCUGCCUUCCCUGGGAGGCUGCUGCUGUCGCCUCAGAGCUGAGGAUGUGGAGGGGGAAGUGGGGCUGGGGAGGGUGCCAAACGCCUCCAGAGUCUGGGGAGAAACGGGAGGGAGCAGCAGCCUGCAUGGUUGCCACUGGUGCCCCAAAGGAUGCCAGGCAGGACGGCGGUGGCAGCAAGCAGCAUGGCCACCUCCCGGUGCUGGGCUCAGGGCAAGGGUCCCUCUGGAGAGGGGAGAGAACGAGCAUCCCCACAGCACUGGUAAGGGCGAAGCCCCGUGCCAAGCCUGGCUUUCCUCCUGCUUUCCAGGAACCCCUUUGGCAGGAGCACGGCAUCUUGGCUGCAGGAGAGACUGGCCCUUUGGGGCAUGGUGCCGGGGGUCCCCAGGCUCAGGGCACCAUCCAGCCUGGUGGGUCUGACAGACCCAAGAGAUCAAGGUGAGCUGGCUGUGAGUGGGAUAGGUCUUGGAGCAUGGAAAUCCAGCCUGGGACAGCUGCAGGUGCUCCAGGUUGAAGUUUGGGGUUCUCUGGGCUGGGAUGCACCAGAGAUUUCCCAUGCGCAGUGGGUUUAACCCUUGCCUUUCCUUUUCCAAGGGCUGGCAGGCUUUUCAGCUGGCUGUUGGGCUGGGCAGGGUCUGGUGCCUGAAUCAGGAGGGAGUUGCUCACUCAUGGUGAGGGCUUGCAAAGCGGGAGGGGAAGGGGCAGAGAUGUAUGGUAGCCAUGGCCGGGCUCUGAGUUUGGAUCCCCGCAUAGCUUUACACUCUGAGGCAUGCUGUAGCUGGGCCGCAUCCUGCCAGCACUGGGGUCUUGGAGAAGAAGGUCUCCCGGGGACUCUACUCUCUCCUCUGUGGAGCAUUUUCCACAUGCUCUGCACCGAGGGACAUCAGACCCAGUCAUUGCCAUGGACACAGGAUGGGCUGCGCUGUCUUGUCCUGCCUGGAGAGGGUGAAGCUGGGGGAGAAGGGGACUUGACCCUGGGUCGCCUUGGCUGUGACCCUCGCAGCUGGGGCCAGGGCAGGGCAGGUCUGCCAGCACCGAGCUCCUCAAGGACCGCAGUGCCCGCGGCACACACCCUGCCGACUCUGCCGCUGCGUGGUGUCACGUCCCGCUCAGCCCAGCCAGACGUAAUUAGCUUGUUGAAUCUCUUCUCCCUCCGGCCUCACGUUAAUCACUUUUCACAUUGCUUCCCUCCCAAUUCCCUCUGGCCUGGCUUGCUCCUUUUGUUGCUGAUGUGCCAGGAGAGGGGAGCAAGGGGACGCAGCUGGACAUGGAGAAGGGACCCCACUCUGCUGCAUCCUGCCCCAGAGAUGGGCUCUGAGCCAGCGGACGGAGAGGCAGGGAGAACACUCAGCCACGGGGAGGUGAGAAAAUUGCAGGCUAGAGAAAAAGCAAUAAAGCUAGAGAGCAAGGGAGCUUGUUGGGACAGCCCUUCUUUGCAGCCCUGCUCUGCUGGUGGAGGAUGAAACCUCAGAGUUCAAUGGGAGAGGUCGGUUUGGAGCCGGCCUGGGGCUCUCUAGCGCAGAGCUGUGUUGGGCUGCACGGUGCUGUGAGAGCUCACCGGGGUCUCCUUUACCUCUCCCCUGUGAGGGGCAGGAUUAGAUCCCAGGACUGGGCACAGGUGGGAAUAGCGGUGCCCUGGCCAGGGCUCUGCGGGGUUGUGGUCCCCGGAGUGCAGGCAGCAGGAGGUCUCACGCGCCGUCCGUGCCUGGCUGCAGCGUCCCCUCCCAGGGACGCAGGGAAAUGUCUCAUUCCCCAUAGGUGCCUGCCCUGGGGCUUGCUGUGCCACUGGAGCAGGGGGUGGCCAGAUCAGAAGCAGCUUUUAGGUGAGAGAUGCGUAGAAAACCGGCUCAAAGAGACUUUCUAACAACCACUGCUGCCAGGCUGGGGUCUCUGCCCUGCUGCCCACAAGGCAGGGCUUUGAGUGGGCUGCAGGGAGUCCCCGCCCGGGCUGGUCACCCCGCCGUGCUCUCCUCCCUCUAGACAGCACCCCGGAGUGAAGUGGGGCACAUUUCCCUCCAGCAGCAAGCGAGAUACCCAGGGCUGGCAGCCCCCAGCUGUGGCUCCUCCCUGUGCCACAGAUCUUGCAUGGGGCUGUGACUUACUUGCUGGAGCGGAGAGGUGCGGAUAUUCCCCCAGGAGGUGAAGAGGGAAGAGGUGAGGGUGGCAGGUGUCAGUGGAGGUGAUCGGCAGACGAAGCUGAGCUCUGAGGCCGGGAGCUCCUUGAGCUGUGCCGCGAGUGCGUGCAAGGUGGGGCACUGCUGAGGAACAGGUUUGGUGGUUUGGGAUGGGGCAGAGGGGCUGGCCUGGGCAGGGCUGGUCCCUGGGCUGGGUGGCAGCAGUGUCCUGGGGGCAGUGAGCAAUGAGCUCGAGGGUCCCUGCGUGUGGCUUGGCUCCAGGUUCAGUGCCACCAUGCACUGCUGUUGGGGUGGGAGUCGGGGGCAGCUGAGCCUCUUCCGUUCACCCAUCGGUACCAGCUCUGCACCCCUCCACGGUUUCCAGCGCUGUGGAGUGCCUGUGCCAGGUUGUGUAGGUGCAGGGCUGCCCUGGGGUGAGAGUUGACACCUAAGUCACUUCGGCAGUUGCGUGGGCUCCUUCCUCCCCUGCAGCCUGGGUGCCCUGAGGGACCCCAGAGGGUGCCGGGGCGGGAAGAGGGAGGGCCAAGGCAGGUCUCUCCUCCCCUGCCCUCCCCUCUCCUCCCUUGCUGGGUCUGUUGCUGCCAGACCAGCUGCCUGCUGGGGCUGCACGUCUGGGGGAUGUCGGUUGCUGGGGCACCCUGGGACCCGCAGGGGCUGCAGAUGGUGGGCAUCAUCCUGCUGCUCUGCUCCAGCCUCAAGCUACUCCAUGCCCUGGGCAUCAUCGACCUGGCCAGGGGAGACAGCGUUGAGGAUGAGUUUGAGCUUUCCACCGUCUGCCAUCGCCCCGAGGGGCUGGAGCAGCUCCAGGAGCAGACCAAGUUCACCCGCAAAGAGCUGCAGGUCCUGUACCGAGGCUUCAAGAACGAGUGCCCAAGUGGCAUCGUCAAUGAAGAGAACUUCAAGCAGAUCUACUCACAGUUCUUCCCACAGGGAGACUCCAGCACGUAUGCCACCUUCCUCUUCAACGCCUUUGACACCGACCACGAUGGCUCCGUCAGCUUCGAGGACUUUGUGUCUGGACUGUCCAUCAUCCUGCGGGGCACCAUUGACGAUCGCCUGAACUGGGCCUUUAACCUCUACGACCUGAACAAAGAUGGCUGCAUCACCAAAGAGGAAAUGCUGGACAUCAUGAAGUCCAUCUACGACAUGAUGGGCAAAUACACGUACCCGGCCAUGCGGGAGGAAGCACCCCGGGAGCAUGUGGAGAACUUCUUCCAGAAAAUGGACCGAAACAAGGACGGUGUGGUGACAAUCGAGGAGUUCCUGGAGUCCUGCCAGAAGGAUGAGAACAUCAUGCGGUCCAUGCAGCUCUUCGACAAUGUGAUUUAGCUCCCGGACCUGCCUCCAGCCGAGCUCUCCUGCCACCGGGCCCAGAACCUGCUUCUCUCUCGACUUUUCCUUCGAGCCUCCCCUCUGCUGGCUGCACAGACACCCCUGUGGGAAGGGGCCUCCCUUCCUGAAGAUGUGGUCGGUGCCGGGAUCUUCCCUUCCCCCUGGGCUGGCUCUGCUUUCCUUGGGGGAUCCCAAGCAGGUGCUCCCAGAUGUCGGAGCAUGGGCACGGCUGGCACGGGGCAAGCGUUUGGCCUGGAUGGACCUCCCUGCACCCGUUCCUGGUGGGAAAGCUGCAGCCUCGGGCUGCGAUAGAGGCUUCCCCCGUGCACAGCACCCCGUGCAGCCACGGCUCCCCUACCCCGACCCUCCCCAGCCUCGGGAGCCCCCAGCACCGGCUCCAGCCUAAAUCCUCCAGCGACGCUGUCUAGAAACAAAUAAAGUCUUGCAACAGGCUCCAGCAACUCGGCUUCCCCCCCUGCCCCGGCUGUGCCUUGCAGUGGGGACCGUGUCCGGCAUGUCGGCUGUGAGCCGCCGGCCACCCUCCUUCCCCAGCCCUUGGGCCAGUGGGUGGGCAGAGGGCUGUGCCCGGAGAAGGCAGUCGCACGGGCUCUCGGGGCUCAUCGCUGCAUGAGCUGUGGCAAGCAACCCCUGAUCCUGGGGGGCCUGGUUAGACCUAGGAGGCUCAUCCUGAUGUGGGGACAGGGGACACUAAAGGCACCCAGAGGUGCACUGGUCCCCCAGGAUGAAGGAUGCUGGGCUGGGAGACCUGCACCCUCAGCCCUCAUCCCUCAAGUUCGGGGUGCUGGCACACAGGGGACCUCAGGGACCCACUUUGAGGCUCCAAUGGAGAGCUACCCUUCCUACCCCUCCCUAAGGACACCGCAGCCAGGGUAUGGGUCCACGUGGAGCAGGGAGGUGUGCUGGGCUCCAGUGGCCGCCCUGGCCCUUGGGCCUCACGGCCAUGCUCCCGGCAUCGUUUCUGCUGACCUUCCCCUGUUCCUGUGCCCUGGCCUGCCCCAGCCCAUCCGCUGCCUUGGAGGCUGGGGAGAGAGGAAUGGGGCAGAGAGGUGUCCCCACAGGCAUAGCCCUGUGCUGGGGGCAUUGCUGAGCUGGCAGCUCCUUGGGGAGAAAGUUGAGGCUGGGGCCAGCCAGGAGUCGUUGCUGUGCUGCUGGCAGGCUGGAGGGUCACCUUGGAGCAGGGCAGGCUCAGCUCCUUCUCCCGGCAUGGCCAUGUGAGAGCCUGCCUGGGGACGCUGGGGAUGGAGCCAGCACCCUGCAGUUCCCCAUGUCUUUGUCACGACCAGCUCCUCAGAGCUGGGUAUGUGCAGGCAGGUCUGUCCUGCCUGUAUACCCCUCCGAGUCAUAGCUGGGACAGUGAUGCCCAUGGGCUAAUGGCCCUAUGCCAACCCCAGAAGCCCCUCCGUGCAAUCCCACAGGCAUUGGGAAUGUACCCAGCCCCGGCAGCUGCCUGCUCAGCUGCUCCAGCCUCUGCAUCCUUAGCAGCCAAGGGCGAUUGGGGCUGGCCCAAGCUGCGGAGUCUGGGAUCAAUGGAGAAGGGGUGAGCAAGGACCAUGCUGGGCCAGGCCCCAGAUCCAGGCUGAGCCCCUGGUGUCGGAGCCAUUAGAACCAACCCCCAGGGCCCUGCGCCAAAGCUAUGGGGCUGCUCCCCAGUGGGACCAUCCCUGGCCCAGCCCUUGCAGACAUGAUGUGUUUUUUAUGUUCAUUUAACACAUUGUUCAUCUCACAGUCCUGUUCCUGGGUUUGCUGUGGGGCUGAGCUCCCACUUAAAGUCUCCCAAGGGUGAGAGGGCAGGUAUCCUGACCCUUACCCCUCCUGUCUCCUUCUCCCCAUCCUCCCUCCUCCCAGGCUCUCUGGGGUACCCACCGUCCCCCGCCACGUGGAGCAGAUGCCGCCUCCUCCCUCACGCUGCAGGUCGCAUGGCGUGACCCCCUGCCCCGGGGCAUGGUGACCCACAACCCGCUUGGCAUCUCCAGUCUGUAUAUUUUGUAUUAUAACAAUAAUAUGGGUUAAAAAAAAAACCAAAAAAACCAAUAAAAUCUAACCACAA